AUGAGCGAUCUCAAAGGCGAUCAAUACCAGAUCGAGGUCUCCGGCGAUGCCAGCUCCUCAGAACCAUUGGAGACCAAAUUCACCUCACUUGGAAGAUGGCAAGCAGCAAAAGUCUUCUGGAAGGCCAUGCUCUUCUGCAUGAUCCUUAACUGGGCAGCGCUGAAUGAUGGCGUUCCCGGCAACAUCAUUCCACUGCCAGCCUUUGUCAAUCAAAUGGCAGACACGGUGAUCGACGGCGAGCCGGCAGUCAGCGGCCGGAUUGUAUCCUUCUGGCAAGGCUUUGCAGAGAUGUCAAAGAUGGCGGGAAUGUUUGCCGGUGGAUAUUUCGCGGACAAGUUCGGCCGCAAGAAAGCAAUGAUGGGUGCUAUCGCGAUACUCCUCGCCGGAUCAGUGGCUGAGAUUGCAUCUUCGAACUGGAGACACUGGUUGGGCGCUGCUGUUUUGGUCCGUCUUGGUGUUGGUCUGGCCCAGUCCAUCUUGAUCACCUAUAUCUCCGAAUUGGCUCCUUUCCAGAUUCGUGGCUUCAUGAUCGGAGCUUACCAGCUUAUGCUCGCUUUUGGUCAGCUUAUCUGUGCUAUUGCUUCGCAAUUGGUUCAGGUUCACCGGCCAAACGAAUGGAGACCAUUGGUUGCUACCGAAUUCAUCUUCACUGGUAUACUCAUCCUGAUGAUCUGGUGGGUUCCGGAGUCCCACAUCUACUAUGCACGCAAAGGCAACAUGGAGCUUGCGAAACGGUCCAUGCUCCAGCUUUAUGGCAACGCCCCAGGAUACGAUGUCGAACACGAAUAUCGUGUCAUUGAGCACGGCAUUGAGGCCGAGAAAGAGUUCAGCAAUGCUUCUAAACAUGCUUCCUUCCUGGAGAUCUUCCAGGGCACAAACUGGCGCCGAACACUAGCUGGAGCUGUUGGCAUCUGCAGUCAGUGGUCAGCCGGUGCUCCCAUUGUCUUCAGCUAUUCCACCUACUUCUUCAAGGUUGCUGGUAUGGAAGACCCGUUUAUGGUCACCAUCAUCACCUUCGUCCUUCUCAUCGUAUCGAUCUUUUGCUCACUGAUCGCCUGCGAGUACAUCGGUCGUCGGCCUCUUCUCGUUGGUGGCUGCUUCUUGAUGUGCUUGUUCAACGUCGGCCUGGCUACAACAGGAUUCUUCCCAUCCGGAGGCGCGAAGAAAGCUGGCCUCGCAUGCCUGCUGAUUUGGGUCCUGUGCUAUGGCGCGUCUGCAGGUCCCAUCGGCUUCGUGGCAUCUGGCGAAACUUCCACUCCGCGUCUGCGGGCGCAGACCACUUCAUUCAACUUGGGCUGCUACGGUGCUGGCUUCCCCGAUUAUGCCAAUCUCGGAGUGAAAGCGAUCUACGUUUGGGCAGGUCUGCUGGUCCCGACAACGCUUUUGCUGUGGAUGUACUAUCCAGAGACCCAAGGACGAACAUAUUGGGAGUUGGACGAGCUGUACGAACGCAAGGUUCCAGCUUGGAAGUUCAAGAAGACUCAGACUUUGACUGAGCGUAGCGGACAGAAAGAAAGGUCCCGAAGUGUCGUGGCGUGA